GAACCAUGUUUCAUUUAUCUAAUAUUGAGGAUGUUUCUUCUAAACCCAUAUGUCUCCCUGAUGGGUCUCGUGUUCAAGCUGUCAAACAAGGGAGUGUGCAUUUAUCAUCUAGUUUGGACCAUUUGUCGAAGAUUGUGAUUGGACAGGGUGAUUUGCGAAACGGCGUGUAUGUCUUUGCUUCCUCUCCAGCGUCAGCCCUCGUAGCAAAUAUCGAUCCUCUUGUUCUUCAUAAACG